AAAAUCGGGUCCAACUGAAAUUGUCUUCAAGUUUGCAAGGUUUUAAUAAUAAUAACACUUCAGGUAUAAGUUCUGACGAUUCUGAUGACUCAUCCGAUGAGGAACAAUCCGAAUCAUUAGAAGAUUUAUCUCUUGAAGAAUUUUUCCAAAUGACCUUUGGUGAUGAUGUAAUCAAAUAUGAUGCUACAAAUUUUGUAACUGCUGAAUUAAAUGAAGACGUAUUUAAAACCGAAGUAGGACCUUAUCUGAAAUAUCAUGAUACGCAAGGAAUCCUUCGAAAUAUAUUUCCAUAUAUCGUCGAUAUUAUAAAUAGAACAAUUCCAUUACAACGAAUUCAAGAUUGUAUUCGACAAAUUUCUGCUUCUGACAAUAUUGAUGAUCCUUCUCAAAUAUUAAAACGAUUGAUUAAUUGUAAAGGAAGGGAUUAUCUUGUAGCUUUCUUGGAUAAGAUCCCUAAAAAAGCACUAACAAAGAUCCUAAUUUCACUUACUCGAGCAAACAUUCCCAUUCCAUUACUAUUUACAAAUAAAAAUGAAUUUAGUCAAAAAGGCUUAACGAUUUUAAGAGAAAUUCGUAGUUUAAUAAUUCGGGAUAAAUAUCAUUUAUUAUUAUCAUUUAAUUUAAGUACAAGCGAAUCAUCCACACCAUUUUCGAAAAAACUUUAUCCAAUCAUCUGCAAAAACCGUGAGGAUGAUUUAAGUAUUACUUCUGCUGGAUCAAUGGACAUUUCUUUUCAUCCCGCGUCGGAAAAUAAUGGACGGAAGCCUGUCGCUAUAGCCGAAAUAUAUUUAGAAGAGAACCUUCAUCAAAUUUUUCUCAGUUUAAUUAACGGCUUCUCAAAAUUCGCAUUUUACAUGUUUUUACAUAUAAAUGAUCAAGAUUUUGAAAAUAACUUGCCGUCUAAUGAAUUAAAACAACUCAUUAAGAAUUUCUCGCCAGAACCUAAUGAGUCAAAAAUAUCUAUCAUAUAUUGGAGUAAGUCAAAAAAUAAAGAUCUUUACGGCAAGCGCAAGAAAACCUUAAAAAAGUUAUUAGAACCAUACUUUAAAUCUGAAUAUAUUAAAAUUGAACAAAUUCCUAAAGACCUUAAUCAAUUUCUUGAAAAGAAAAAAGAUGAUGUACUGGAACAACUGUCAAACCUUAAAGCAAAAUUUAUUUUUCCACUACUAACCCUUACAUUACCAAAUAAUGAUUCUUUAAAUAUCUGGAAUCAUGAAAUAGGGGAAUCUUCAUUUUCUUCUAAAAUGAAAUCAAUUAAAUUUAAACAAAGAUCAGAUGUUUUUCGUGCAACUCAUUUCGAACAUGAGAUUGAAGCUUUAAAUGAUAAGAAAUCCACAACAGAAUCGCAGGAAAAUGCAAAAUUCAUGACCGAAGGAGAGAUCCAAACUAAAAUUCAACAAGCUCGACGCGAACAACUCAAAAUUGGGUUAGAUAAUGCACUGUCAAUUUUUACUGAAUUCGCAAACCUAAUUAAUGAAAAUAAUAUAGAAAACAUUAGAGACUUUGCCGGCCAAAUUGAUGAUUUUUUUAAAAAAUAUUUAAAUGAAAUACAAAAUAAAGAUAACGUUGAUAGAACUGAAAUCAAAAAGAUAAUUGAGGAGAAUGAUAUUUCUAUUCAUGAUUUUUGGCGUGAAUUUAUUAUAUUAUCCGAGUUACAUCAUUCGAAUAGUAAAUCAAUAUUAGAACAUUUAUAUAAUGUUAAGCCGCAAAAAUUACAAGAAGCGUAUAAAACCUGGAUUCUUGAAGGAGAACCUUUACAGUUGCUUGAUGGCUUAUCGUUACGUUCUCUUCCGACAAAAUUUUUGUCCAGUGUUUUAAGUAACUUAAUGACAAAUCUUCAACGAAGAUUAAUCGUUAUUUCAGUUAUCGGGCUUGAAAGUUCAGGAAAAUCCACUCUUUUAAAUUAUUUAUUUCAUUGUGGAUUUGCUACUUCCGCCUCAAGAUGCACAAAAGGUGUAUAUAUGAGUUAUCGAACUGCAGAUAUCGAUAGAAAUACAAUCGAUUUGCUAAUACUUGAUUCUGAAGGAAUGGCCUCAACCGCUCAAAAAUAUAUUACACAUCGCACCAGCUUCGAUAAAAAAAUAACACUUUUGGCAUUAAUGUGUUCUCAGAUUGUAAUAAUUAAUACAAAAGGAUUAACAAGGGAUAUUGGAGAUAUUUUAGAAGUAUCUUCAUGGCAUUUGGAUGCUUUGAGACAUCGACAAUCGAAACCCAGGUUGCAUUUUGUCCUUCGAGAUAUGGUUGAUACUAUAGAAGCUCAAAAACCAGCAUUUAAAGAUAUAGUUGAUGGAUUAAAAAAAAUGUUUCAACAAAUUCCUGGUUGCUUAGAUUCAUUAGAAGAUUUUAUGUCAGUAGAACAAAAUGACGUUCAUUUGCUUGAAAAUGCAUUCUCUUGUUAUAAAGAUGAUUUUCGUCCACGUAUUAACAAUAUUGGAAAAACAGAAAAUGUUAAUUUACCGGCUGAGGUUUUUCCGGCAAAAAUUUCAAGCUUACGACAAUCACUCUUAAAAUCUGCUUUACUACAAAAUAAUACGUUGGAACAUUUUACAAACGUUCAAGGAUUUAUUCCAUAUAUGAAAACGGUAUGGAGUAAAAUUAAUACAUAUGGAAGUUUUCUUCAUUUUGAAAGCUUUAAAGCAAUUCAAGCAUGGUGUCAAAUGCGUACCCUCGUUAGUAUUAUUUAUGAAAAUAGAUUGCCGGACUUUACUUCACAUGCUAAGACUAUAAUUGAUGAAUAUGUUGAGAAAAUUAAAGCGGAUUAUUCAAAAUGGAAUCAAAUUGAAUCAGAAUUUAGAAUGGAAUUGGAUUCAUUAGCAGAUAAUUGGCAAAGAGAGAACUUAAAGUAUUAUACUGAAUUAGUACAGGAACAAUUCGAUGCUAGUACUGUAGGAGAAGGAAAAAGACUCAUUCUUAAUAUGAUUGCGGCUGAAAGAAGAGAACAAGAUGCCCAAUGGAUGUCAUCAGUAAGAGAGUACAAAGAUUCUUGGUUAUCGGCUUGUGCGAUAGAAAAAGUUGGCAAGAAAAUUAAAGGAUUAAACACAGCUAACUUGAAAGGUGAUGAAGCAAAAUGUACAGAAAUUUUUGAGGACAUUUGGAAAGAAGUAGAAGAGGAUAAAAUAGAAUUCACUCGUCAGAUGGUAAUACAACCAGAGAAAUUGAAACAGCAUGUUCAACAAACCUUUAACAAUGCCAUUGGUGAAUUUGGCUCAAUUCGUCAAGAAACAGAACAAAAAGAGAAAGAAAAAUUUAAACGUGGUUUUUGGACAAACUUAAAGAAACCAUCUACUUUAGAUGAACAUAUUAAUAUCGAUGUACAACAAAUUCAAAAAAUAAUAAAUGUUAAUACGACAUUCUUUGAUACAUUAAAAUCUGUGGUUAAAAGUAAAAAGUCAAAUAUUGGCAAAAAAAAAUUAGCCAAAGAAGUCAAACAAAAAAUUAUACAAACCAUCAAUGGGAUUACUUAUGAGUCGAAACAAAAAUUAUCUUUACAUAUUGAGCAUGGGCAAGCAAUUGAAUGGCUUAAGAUAUUGUGUGAUUGCUUAUUUGAUUUUACACAGUCUUAUAACAUAGAGUUUCAACCUGAAUUUGAUUUUUUUGAGAAAUAUCUAAGGUUACAAAUAUAUAAUGCAUUGAGGAAUAAUACGUUGGAAUGGGAAAAACAACAAAAAGAGAAAUUAGAUCACCUGAAAAAUAAUUUAUUAACUUCAUUUCAGAAAAUUUUAACAGACUUUUCUAAUGAAAGCCUUUCAAAGGAAAUACUUAAGUAUAUUUUAAUAGCAUUUAAACAACAAAUGGCAGUAAAAGGAAGUACAAUUGAUCAAAAACUUCAAUCUUAUUUAAGAUCAUGUUGGAUGGACACAUAUACAGCAACAAAUUAUGCUUAUAAACAAAGUUUUGAUGCGCUAAAUAUUGAUGCAAUUCUAGAGUAUCUUGAAGAUCCAACAGAUUACAUGCAUGAUCUUUUUAAUAAUGAUUAUGCCAUAUAUAGCAAUACUUUAGUAGAUUCCAUGUUGCGUGGAAUUGAAGAAUAUAUAAAUAUCGAAGAAAGUCUUUUAAAAGUUAUCUCUGAAUGGAGUGAAUUGUUUGAUCCGGAUCAAAGCUAUAAUCAAUUAUUAUUAUCACAUUUUAUUCAAUAUUUAUUUGGAAAGUCAAUUCCUUCUAAAGAAUAUCAGUCAUUCAGAAUUCUUAUGCAAAGCAAAUGUAAUAUUCCUAUGAUAAAACCUGUGCCAUCACAUGAUUUUUCCGACAUUUUGAAGGACGUCAAAAAUCUAUUUGGCAGUAUUAAAGUUGAAAAGCCUGUUGAAUUUUGCAACGCACUUAAAAAAUACUUGACAGAAGGUCUUAAAGAUAUUCGAACUGAAUGGUUUGUCAUAGGAAAAAGUAAAGCAAUAAAUACAAUACAAGAACAUUUGGAAUCAUCAAAAGAAUUUUGUUGGGAUAAACUAGGUUGUGCAGCAAGAUGUCCACUUUGCUCUUCUAAGUGUGAGCUGCCUAAUGAUGGUCAUAGUCGUCAUCAAGUAACCAACCAUCUUCUUCCAGCUUUUAUUGGUUUUCGCGGUAAAACAACUAAACACCCGUCUUUAAUCGUUUGUACUGAGGACGAAGCUCAUGACAAUAGAUUAUGGUCAUAUGGUUUUAAUGAUGAUAAAUUUUAUCUUACCGAAUUUUUACGUAAAUAUCAUCCAUCAUGGCUUCCUUUUCCACGAUCAGAACCUUCAGAUGAACAUCUAACAAAAAUGCGCGCAGUUUGGUGGAAACUUAAAGAUGAUCUUUGUGAAAAAUAUGGCAUGAUAGAUAAUACUGACCCAUCAUGGGGAUCCAGAUAUGGGAGUCUCAUUAUAGAAUAA